AUGUGGCAUGAAGCAAGAAAACAAGAAAAAUUAAUUCGUUCACAAAUGAUUGAUAGUGUUAAAAGAAAUGAACGAAGGAAACAAUUUUAUGAGAAUGUCCGAAGAGAUCCAGAACAAUUCAUGCAAAUUCAUGGUAGAAAAUGUCAAAUACAUGUUGAUCCGGCAAUAUGGCGUGCAGCAGAAGCAUCGAAUAUUCUGUUAAUUUUCAUUUUUUUAUUUUUAAUUUCCAUUUAUGGUUUUAAAAAAAAUGAUUAA